CCUGCACGUAAUUUCAAAGACGAGAUGGAAGGGGAACGGCCAGUUGGCAGUCUGCCUGGGCUGAGCAGUUAGUUCCCAAGCUGCAGCAGGAGCCUACGUGGACUUGGCCCCCCCCCCCUGAAGAGUCCACUACCAUUACCACUUGAUGGGCCAAAAAUAUCUACUUCAAAGACCCAAAAUGCUACGAUGCAGUCCAGACAUGAGUUGGUCCGAGUCCCGUCAUUUGGCGAUACCUUAUCGAUGAGACCCUGCCCGCGUUUAUUUCAGGUAGGUUUCUCUGCAUGAGCGCCGCAGGGUUCGUCCCACUUCACUAGCGAUGGACGGUGGCCCGCUUCCAUCAUCGGACUUCCACGCAUUCCCAACCACCACGAACCGAGAGCUUCAAGUGGCAACGCCAAUUUACACCGAACAACAAUCUAAAAGCAGCUUCGAGCAGGUCCUCAUCUCGUCUCCACAACCCGAGGUUUCCGACUGUCAUCGGCUAGGUAUGCGGGUUCGUGGCUUUCAUGCAUCCUGUUUCGUCUCCUGCUUCUCCUGCCUGAUGUGUCUGAAGCGGCCGAAUGUAGGUACACGACACAACAUUACCUACGCUUUCCCUCACCCACCCACACCCUCUUCGUCACAUCCGCUACGAGGCGCUUUCGUUGGCCCAGUUCUCCCGGACCCAAUGGACACAGAUGAGGAGGGUUGGUCUCUCUCUCCGGAAUGGAUCACUAGUUGUCAACAAAGCGACAGAAACCCUGCCCCCCAUCAUCUUCGGCCGUCCGCGACAUCUAGCAACACACGUGGAAUCGUUGGGCAGCGAAACAUCCAACCCGGGCCACAACCUCCCCCGACAGUCUUGAGGACCGGGAAGGCCAUGUCUCAUUCAUCAGGGCGCGGCAGGCAGACAAAGAGCAAUUCGAUCCGUCUUCCGAGAGAAUGACCCUCGACUCGGACGCAUGCGGCCUGGGUUGGCUUCACCUUGUCACCUUGACUCACCUUCGGACGCGGCCGAGAGCAAAACUGUAAAUCCGUUUGGAUGUGGUCGUGUAUUCCGCGGCGUCUUCUGCUCCAUUCCAGCCGCCAGGCCCCUCCUUUCACCAUCCUCGUGGCAAAAACGAGAGACAAAAGGGCACCCGUCACGGAUCCGAAGCAGGCAUCUGCCCCAUUGCAGACCUUCAUUGGCGCUCCUGGGUCUCCCCGAUCCGUGCCGGC